AUGAAUCCAAGUGAGGUUGAAUUUCUUGGUGAGAAACAGCUGGUCAGUAUUGUACCGAACUUCAACUCCGACAUAAUUUACCUAAUCUCGGGUUCAGUGGGUCCGUUUCGCGCCGGUUUGCCCGUUAAAGUGCCGAUCUGGCUCGCCGUCUGCUUGAAACAGAAGCAGAAGUGCCGUAUCGUCAGUCAAGAAUGGAUGGACAUCGAGGGUCUAAACGAGAGGAAAGAGAUGGAGAAGAUGUCCAAGUUGUUUACAGAGAUGCCGAGCAGUCAUUAUAUGGAUGAGAGUCAAAUUUUGCUGAAUGUGGCGAACGAUGAUAUUCCUGAUGCAGAUGGAAUAAGAAUUGCCGUGAAAGACAUUUGGGACAUAAGAAUGUCCAAAUUACGAACAUCUGUGGAUGCUUUCGUGAAGAGCGAAGGAGUGCAUGCAAGACUAGAUCAUCUCACUGCAAUGGAGAUUAAUGGUAUACGCCCGCUGCUGCCACAUGCAUUAGAUCAAAUGUUGCGAAUACAAUCACUGAAGCAAAUUCCCAGCAGAGCAGUGGAAGUGGCAGUUUAA